AUGGUGCAUAUCAAAAAGGUCGUAAUUCAGGGGUUCAAGAGCUACAAAGAGCUAUUGGACUUGGAGCCUUUCAGUAAGGGCAGUAAUGUCAUCGUGGGGCGCAACGGCUCGGGCAAGUCCAAUUUCUUUUUCGCGAUCUUUUCUCGAAUCUUCGCGCUGAUGAGAGGCAGGCCCUGCUUCAUGGCACUCGAGUACACUCUUUACACCAAGGAACUCCAGAGCACCAACGAAACCCUCAGAAGGCUCGACACAGACCGACAGGAGGAGUCGUCGCGCGCCAAGGAGGAAUACCAAAACGCGUUGCUCGUGCACAAGGCGCUCAAGGCCAAGGAGCGGGAGCUGAAGGACGCCGAGAUCGAGAUGCGACGCCUGAACAAGGAGAAGAGCGUGAUCGAGGAGGAGCGCAAGGAGCUCCUCAAGCAGAAGGCCAAGCUCGAACUCGAACUCGAAGAGGCCGAGUCCCGCGCCGGCACCGAUCAAGAGAACCAGGAGCGUCUGGCCAAGGAGGCUGAGCGGCUGCGCAAGGAGAUUCGAACCACCACCAAGAAGCUGGACGAUCUCACGCCCCGCUACAUGGCGGCCGUGGAGGCGGAGCGUGACGUCAACGAGCGAAUCAUCGACUGCGAGCGACGGGUCAACGAUCUGUACUCCAAGCAGGGCCGCAGCUCCCGCUUCACCAACAAGAAGGAGCGUGACGCCUGGAUCAAGAAGGAGAUCAAGCUGGUCGACCGCACCAUCGAGGUGCAGAAGCAGCAGAUCGAGGCCCUUCAAGACGAGAUCAAUCAGAUCGGAGCGAUGCGCGAGGAUGAAGCGAAGAAGGGUUACUCGCAGGUGAACAAGAAGGCCUUGGACCAGUACGUGUCGUUCACGGAGCAGUACGACGACCUGCUCAACAAGAAGAAGGAGUCGGACAGCGGCGCCGACAGAAUCACGGAGCUCAUCCAGGCGCUCGAUCGCAAGAAGGACGAGGCCAUCGAGCGUACGUUCAAGGGCGUGGCCAAGCACUUUGCGCAGGUCUUCUCCGAGCUGGUGCCCGACGGCAAGGGUGUGCUGGUCAUGCAGCGCUCCAAGGACGUCCAGGAGGUGGGCCGCAUCGCCGCCUACACCGGCGUGGCGAUCAAGGUGGCCUUCACCCGCGGCGGCGAGACCCAGCACAUGCAGCACCUCUCCGGCGGGCAGAAGUCGCUCGUGGCGCUGGCGCUCAUCUUCGCCAUCCAGCGCUGCGAUCCCGCUCCCUUCUACCUCUUUGACGAGAUUGACUCGGCGCUGGACCAGUCGCACCGCACGGCGGUGGCAGAGAUGAUCAAGCGCCAGGCGGAGAAGGCGCAGUUCAUCACGACCACGUUCAGGCCCGAGCUGGUGCGGUCGGCCAAGAAGCACUACGGUAUCACCUUCAAGAACAAGAUCUCCUCGAUUCACGCCAUCACGGAGAAGAAGGCGCUGGCCAUUAUCCGUGCGUCGGCGGAAGCUGAAGCCGGUCCGCUGAUGCCCGCGGAAGAGGAGGAAGAGGAAGAGGAGGAGACCUCGAAGGGCAAGGAGCCCGCGGCCUCGACCACCACCACAAGAGACGAAGGAGAGGAGGGGGAGGAAGAAGAGACCCAGCUCGGGGAGGGCGAGGGCGAAGGCGAAGGCGAGGAAGGCGCUGCCCCCAUGGAGGAGUAA